UUUUUUUGGAAAUAUAAUUGUUUUUCUAAUUAGACUACACAAAAAAAUUCAUAUACAACAUGGGAACCGUUCGUCAAAGAAAAGCCACUAAAAAUACCAACAAGAAUACGAGACGUGUUGCCGAUAGACAUAGAAAGAGAAUUACUAUUCAUGGUAAUUCCAUUAUCAAGGCCAACUGGAAUAAAAAGUUGACUUUAAGACAAAAUUACGAGAAGCUUGGUUUGUUGACUUCUUUAAAUGGACAAACGGGUGGUAAAGAAAAGAACCGACCUGACGAAAAGAUUGAAUCAACAGAGGGAGACAACGAGCCCAAAGAACUUAAAGAAUUAACAGAAGCUGAUAUUGAAGAGAUCAAAAAGACAUUGGGACCUGGAGAAGGUAUGAUCCAACGUGAUGAUGAGGGUAAUAUUGUUCGAGUGAUCUAUGGUGAGGAGAGAUCUCACAAUGAUAUUUUGGAUGCUGAGGUUGCACCUGUUGAAGCAAAGACAGAUGUGGUUAGAGCUUUGGAGGAACAAGCUGCUAACGGUAUUCAGCAUGAAAAGUAUCACUCUGAAUUCGAAUUGGAUUGGAUUCAAAAGUUACUCAAGAAGCACGGUGAAGAUUACAAGGCCAUGUUCUGGGACAAGGAUCUUAAUGUAUACCAAUUAACAGCUGCCCAGUUAAAGAAGAAGUGCUCCAAAUAUAUUUAGAUUUUUCUUUUUUCAUUUCUUACUCAUACAAACAAUAAAAAAAAAAAGAUAAAUG